AUGCUCAGCCUAAGAAUCACUGCCGUGCUGAAAGCACUACUUCUCCUCACCACCGCUGCCACCAGCACACCAUUCCACCCCAAACGCCAAGACACCAACAGCACUCAAUGCCGUAAAACCCAAGUCCUCGUCCUCGGCGGCGGCACCCUUGCAAACGCCUCCCUCACUGACUUCGUCAUCAUCGAAUACAACAAUGACCUCGGCGGCCGAGUCGCCCACACCACCUUCGGCAAGCAACCCAACAGCAGCGAACCAUAUGUCAUCGAACUCGGUGCCAACUGGGUUCAAGGUAUUGAGAACGCCGAGACGGGCGCGGUGAAUCCUAUCUGGUUGUUGGCGCAGAAGUAUGGGUUGAACAACACGUAUUCUAAUUAUUCGAGCAUUGAGACGUUCACGCAGGAUGGGCCGGCGGAUUAUGCGGACUUGAUUGAUGAUGUCGAGGACGGGUGGACUGUGAUGGAGCAGAACGUUGGGGAAUUCAUUACGCAGAACAUUCAGGACUACAGCGUGCGAAGUGGCUUCAGCCUGGGCGGUUGGAAGCCGGGCAAGGAUGCGGAGCGGCAGGCAGUGGAGUGGUGGACGUGGGACUGGGAGUAUGCGUGGCAGCCAGAAGUGUCGUCUGCGCAAUUCGGAGUUGUCAACUACAACACUACCUUCUAUCAGUGGAGUGAUGAGAACAACUUUGUAUGGGAUUCGAGGGGCUUCAAUACUAUUGUGAAGGGUGAGGCCGCGGAGUUCCUGGAGAACUGCACUGCCGACUACAACUGCAGUGGCGACAGCAGAUUGAUGCUCAACACGAUUGUCACCAAUAUCUCGUGGUCGGAUGAGGGCGUUAUCGCUCUCAAUGAGGACGGGAGCUGCGUCGAGGCGGACUUCGCUAUCAUGACGUUCAGUCUGGGAGUUUUGCAGAACGAGGUUGUCACGUUCGAUCCCGAGCUGCCAGACUGGAAGCUCCGCUCGAUCUAUACUUUUCAGAUGGGGACUUACACCAAGAUCUUCCUGCAGUUUCCACCUGACGAGGUGUUCUGGGACACGGACACACAAGAGGGGAUACUACCGGUGUUCCAGUCACUCGAUGGACCAGGGUUCCUCGAAGGCAGCGGCAUCCUCUUCGUGACUGUGGUGCAAGAUCAGAGCUACACGGUCGAAGCACAGAACUCCACCGUGACUCAGGAGGAAGUCAUGGCCGUAUUGCGCAGCAUGUACGGCGACGACAUCCCAGAACCCACGGACGUAUUAUACCCGAGCUGGUCAUUAGAGCCAUGGACGUUUGGCUCAUAUUCGAAUUGGCCAGCUGGCACAUCCUUGGAAGGACACCAAAACCUCCGGAGCAACUUGGGCCGUCUGUAUUUUGCAGGUGAAGCGACCAGCCAAGAGUACUACGGCUUCCUUCAUGGAGCAUGGUAUGAGGGACAAGCAGCUGCUGAGACGAUUAUCGCAUGCCUGAACGGUACCUCGACGGAUUGUCCAGGUUAUGCGAGAUAUGAGGUCUUGACGGGUACAACGCCGCCAGACAUGUACAAUGAGACGAAUGGAUGGAUGGUGACGUCGUUUCAGGGCUAUCCACCCGACGAGUAG